CUCCCUCCCUCUCACUCUCGCCCUCUCUCUCUCUUCUCUGCAACCAUUGUCUCUGUCGCUCUUCUUUCUCUCUCUGGAAGAUGGAGCCAGCGAAGAUUGAUUGGAAAACCCUGGACUCCAGAUUCGUGGAAGAUGAGCUCUACGAGCACAUCCACGCACCUCAGUGGGUUGAUUUCAAUGCUCCCCAAGAAUUUGUUGAUGAUGAAGCUUGGUUCUGCAGACCUGAUUGUAAGCAUCCAAAGACGGUGGAGGAUUUCCUCAUAUUAACGCCUAAUUCGAAGGUUUUGAGCUUAGCUGAUAAAUCUGAAACCCUUCCACUGGGCGACUGGAAUAGAAGAGAUGCAAAACUGAAAAGAAGAGGCUUCGCCCAUCAGUCUUCAAUGCCGGAAUUCACAGAAGACGGUGAAAACCAGAACCCCAAUUUCUCAACUCCUCCCCAUCACCAGCCCAAGUCCAUGAAAACCAAAUCAAGCUCAGAAAAGAAGAAACAGAUCGAACCCGGAGCACAAAAAGACGAAACACCAAGGCUGAAGAGCACAUUGUCAGCAAGGAACCUGUUUGCAGGGCGUGAUAUAUUGAACCAGAUAUCCGAGUUCUGCCAUGAACUGAAGAAGUUGGCAACCAGAGCUAGGGAGAAGGAGAAUGAGGAGAAGGUGAAUUUGAAGAAAAGCCCGGUGGGAACGAAGAAACCAGUUGUGAAGGAAGUGGCAAGUGAGGGUUUGAAUGACAAGGAAAGGGAAAGGAAGCCAUUGCUUGAGGUGGGAAAGCAGAAAUCCCAAGCUAUUGAGAAGAACAAGACCAAGCAGAAGCUGAGGAAGAAGAGAGAGGACGAGGCAGAGAACAUUCCCAUUUCUUUGGAUUUGAAGAACGUUAAACCGAAAGAGGAGAGCUUGUUGCAGAUCAGGACUUGUCCUCCUACUCCUCAAUGCUUCUCUGCCGCCCGUGGACCCAACAAAUCCACCCCUCCCAAGGCUGCCAGAUCUAGGCGAAUGGAGAGGGGAUUACUUCAAGAAAUAGAGCAGAACAACAACAAAGAAGGAGACAAAGGCAACAAUGGAACAACUGUUUCUGUCAUUGCAGAAAGAGAAGCUAAAACCUUGGAUAUGUUUUGGUUCUUAAAGCCCUGCACACUUUCUAGCUAAGAUCAAUAAGCCCCUGCUAGUACAGAAUUCUAAGUCAUACUUUCAUCUUCUUCUUCGUUUUGAUCUCUACAGUUUGAUUUCGGUUUUAUUCAUUCAGUCCUUACAUGUCUGUUCCCUCUUUUAUUUUUUUCCUUUGGUUUGAAUAGAUAGAACAAAAAGUGUAAUUAACAAUUCAUUGUUGUACUCGAAACCAUCUUCGAGCAAUAAAACGAUUUCAUUCUCAUUAA